GGUCCGUGCAGGGUGAGCUGCGCCGGGGCAUGGGGACCCGGCCGCCGAGGAGCUCUGCCCUGUUGCUUCCAACCUAAUGUCCAUUCUUUCUCUUCCUUUUUCCUGGUCGCAGUCGGCCAGUGCGGGAACCAGAUCGGCUGUUGCUUCUGGGACCUGGCGCUGAGGGAGCACGCCGCGGUCAACCAGAAAGGAAUUUAUGAUGAGGCAAUAAGCAGCUUCUUUAGGAAUGUGGAUACCAGAGUGGUUGGUGAUGGUGGCAGCAUUUCCAGGGGAAAGAUACAUUCUUUAAAAGCCCGAGCUGUCUUGAUUGACAUGGAAGAAGGGGUAGUAAAUGAAAUUCUCCAGGGACCUUUGAGAGAUGUGUUUGAUAGCAAGCAGCUAAUAACUGAUAUUUCUGGCUCAGGAAAUAAUUGGGCUGUGGGUCACAAAGUUUUUGGCAGUCUUUACCAAGAACAGAUUUUAGAGAAACUCAGAAAGUCAGCAGAGCACUGUGAUUGCUUGCAGUGUUUCUUUAUAAUCCACUCCAUGGGAGGAGGAACAGGAUCUGGACUUGGCACAUUUCUUUUAAAGGUGCUUGAAGAUGAAUUCCCAGAAGUACACAGAUUUGUGACUUCAAUUUAUCCUUCUGCUGAGGAUGAUGUCAUAACCUCACCUUACAAUAGCAUCUUGGCAAUGAAGGAACUUAAUGAGCAUGCAGACUGUGUGCUUCCCAUUGACAAUCAAUCUUUAUUUGACAUCAUUAGCAAAAUUGACCUGAUGGUGAAUUCUGGAAAGUUGGGUACGAUUGUGAAGCCAAAGAGUCUGAUUACUUCAAAUGCUGAGGCUUUCAAAAAACGGCACAAGAAGCCCUUUGAUGCAAUGAACAACAUUGUGGCAAAUUUGCUACUCAACCUAACAAGCUCUGCAAGGUUUGAAGGGUCUCUUAAUAUGGACCUUAAUGAAAUCAGCAUGAAUUUAGUUCCUUUUCCUCAACUUCAUUAUCUUGUGUCAAGCCUGACACCUUUGUAUACACUGGCAGAUGUUAACAUUCCUCCUCGAAGUUUAACUAAAGUGGACUGCCAUAAUGGAGUAGAUGUUCUUACCUUUGAGUUUUUGUGUCACAGAUUAAAACCUGCUCUGCAGUUUGUCUCCUGGAAUCAAGAAGGCUGGAAGACCAGCCUGUGUUCAGUGCCACCUGUGGGCCACUCACAUUCAUUAUUAGCUUUAGCAAAUAACACAUGUGUGAAGCCUACCUUCAUAGAACUGAGAGAAAGGUUCAUGAGGCUCUACAAGAAAAAGGCUCACCUCCAUCACUAUCUACAAGUUGAAGGGAUGGAGGAAAGUUGCUUCAGGGAAGCUGUGUCGUCUUUGUCAGCACUCAUUCAGGAGUACAACCAACUGGAUGCCACAAAGAGCAUGCCUGUGCAGGACAUACCUAGGCUAAGCAUAGCCGUGUGACAAAGAACCAAAGCAAUAUUGUCGUUACUUUUUCCCAGCUUCACACUGUUUCUCAUCACCUUUCUGUUUCAGCAUUUUUGUGACUUUGAAAGCCCAGUUUGUUUUUCAUAUUGUCAGGAAGUAUUUUGUCUUGAAGAGUGGUUUCUGUUUGAUCACAAUUUGUUUAUAUCAGUGUGUGAAAUUAGUGAAGUUCUAACUUCACUUCAGUUUGUGAAAAUUAAGAGCACGGAGCUCUCCAACAGUUUGCUAUAUU